UGCGCGUGUGAAGCUGGUCCACCAUACCGUGGCGUAUUGCAGCCCCAAGUCAUCUGCGCAGGCUGCAUGUUUCAUGGACAGCCUACUAUCACUGGUGUCCAGCGGCAGCGUACUGGAACUGAAGGGCCCUGGACUGGUGACAGACCAGACCAGCAACGCUUAGGCGGGCAUGAGCGACGGUCCUAUGGGCGCAUGUUUAUAGGCUAGUCAUUUUUAGCGAUGUCAAAGAGCCUGAAGAAGAAAAAUCACUGGACCAACAAAGUCCACGAGACGGUCCUGUCCAGAAGUAAAGAGGGAGAGCUGGGGUUUGAUUUGAAAGGGGGCGCGGAGAAUGGGCAGUUUCCAUUUUUGGGUGAAGUGAAACAAGGUAAGGUGGGCAUCCAGAGCGGUAAACUGUCCCAGGACGAGCUUCUUCUGGAGGUCAACGACACGCCGGUGGCCGGGCUCACCCUCAGGGAUGUACAUGCCGUAAUCAAGCACUGCAAAGAUCCCGUACGUCUGAAGUGUGUGAGGCAAGGAGGUGUUGUAGACAAGGAUCUCCGUCAUUAUCUAAACCUCCGCUUUCAGAAGGGUUCUGUGGACCACGAACUUCAACAGAUCAUCCGAGACAACCUCUACCUCCGGACUGUGCCGUGUACUACAAGACAGCCUAAGGAGGGAGAGGUUCCAGGGCUGGACUACAACUUUGUAAGUGUUGACCGGUUUAUGGAAUUGGAGAAAAGUGGAGCUUUACUUGAAAGUGGAACAUAUGAAGAUAACUUCUAUGGCACGCCCAAGCCCCCAGCCGAGCCCUCUCCCAUGCUCUUUAAUGUGACGGACCAGCUUCUGCCCGGAGCCCGACCCAGCGCCGAGGGGAAGAGGAAGAGGAACAAGUCCGUCAGCAACAUGGAGAAGGAGAGCAUCGAGCCGCCCGAGGAGGAGGAGGAGGAGAGCCCCGUCGUCAACGGCAACGGCAUCGCCAUUACCCCAGAGUCCAGCGAGCAUGAGGACAAGAGCACUGACGUCGGGGGCGUGCCCCCCCAGUCCUGCCCGCCCGAGACGCCCACCCUCGCCACCACCGACGCCCCCGAGGAGGAGGAAGAGGAGGAGGAGGGAGAGGCCCCCAAAUCUCCCGCUGACUCGCAAGAUAACGAUGAGUUGGGUCCACUGCCUGACAACUGGGAAAUGGCCUACACAGAAAAGGGGGAGGUCUACUUCAUAGAUCAUAACACCAAAACGACGUCGUGGCUGGAUCCUCGGCUUGCUAAGAAGGCCAAGCCACCAGAGGAAUGCGAGGAGGAUGAGCUUCCAUACGGCUGGGAGAAGAUUGAUGACCCUAUAUAUGGCAGUUACUAUGUGGACCACAUCAACAGAAGGACCCAGUUUGAGAACCCCGUCCUGGAGGCCAAGCGACGCCAGCAGCAGCAGCAGCAGAUGCAGAGCCAGGGCCUGUCAGCGCUGCCCCUGCCCACCAUAUACAGAGAGAAACCUCCCUUCACGCGCGACCCCACCCAGCUGAAGGGCACCUUCCUGUCCACAUCGCUGCAGAAGAGCAACAUGGGCUUUGGCUUCACCAUCAUCGGCGGCGACGAGCCUGACGAGUUCCUACAGGUCAAAAGUGUCAUUCCCGACGGUCCGGCCGCACAGGACAGCAAGAUGGACACCGGUGAUGUCAUCGUCUACAUAAAUGACAUUUGCGUGCUUGGCACCACCCAUGCCGACGUGGUCAAGCUCUUCCAGUCGGUGCCCAUUGGUCAGAGCGUCACCCUCAUGCUGUGCCGAGGCUACCCACUGCCCUACGACCCCGAGGACCCGUCGGCCAGCAACACGCUGCAGCCCAUGGGCCUGGUGGAGCACCCGCUGCUGCUCAACGGCCGCAGCAGCUACGACAACUACAUGGAGUACAUGUCCCUGACCGGCCGCCUGCCUGACCAGCAGACGCCCAUCCCCCACCCCGGGGACACGCACCUGGACGGCUCCCAGCCCCCCUCCCUCAGCGCGCCGGGCAGCUCCGGAGCCAUGGGGCACGAGGACGCCGUGUCCAUGGCGUCGUCGGGGACGGCGGCGGGGGCAGGGGCUGGACAAGGGGUGGAGCUGCUGAGUCUGACCAUGGUGAAGGGUGCGGAGGGCUUCGGGUUCACCAUCGCGGACAGCUCCACGGGUCAGCGGGUCAAGCAGGUGCUGGAGGCCCAGGGCUGCCCGGGGCUGUGCGAGGGGGACCUGAUGGUGGAGUUCAACCAGCAGGGCCUGCAGGGCCUCAACCACAACCAGGUGGUGCAGCUGCUGAAGGACUGUCCAGUGGGAACGGAGGCCACCCUGGUCAUCCAGAGGGCAGCCCCAGCAGCAGGUCACUUUUCUCCGUGGGAGGGCUCUAAACAGUGGGACCCCCAGUGUAGCCCCCAGACGAGCCUGUCGGCUCCAGGGUUGCCCCACGGUGCCCCCCACCCCUCCCACACCCUCCACCGCUCCUCUGUGCCAGAUUCGGAGGCCUUCCACCUCAGCAAGCCCGACCCGUACGACCUGUACGAAAAGUCCCGGGCCAUCUACGAGAGCCGGCAGCCAAUUAUAUCGCGGUUUCAUUUCCUUUCAGAUGCAACAGGACCCGAGUACCAGGAGGUGGAGGUCCACUUGCUGCGGGAGAAGACCGGCUUCGGCUUUCGGAUCCUGGGCGGAGACGAGGCGGUGCAGGCUGUGAGUCCGGACGCCCGUGACAAGAUUGUAAUCGGGGCCAUAAUAGAGAACAGCCCUGCAGAGCGGGAUGGCCGCCUGCGGCCAGGGGAUGAGCUGGUGUCCGUGGACCACAUGCCUGUGGCGGGGAGACCCCACCGAUACGUCAUUGACCUCAUGCACGCAGCUGCUCGCAACGGUCAAGUUACACUUACUGUCAGGAGAUCAGUCCAACCACUAGGUGAACUAUGUCCAGAAAACGGCGCUGCGGCUGCUCCUGUCUCUGGCUUGGCCCAGCACAGCCCACGAGGACAUGGCUGCCCAGUCAACCUGCCCCCGACCACUGAUGUGCUCAUCCACCGCAAGGAGAGCGAGGGCUUCGGCUUCGUCAUCAUCAGCUCCCUCAACAGGCCUGAGAACAGUGCCACCAUCACAGUGCCACACAAGAUUGGCCGCAUCAUUGAAGGUAGUCCAGCCGACCGUUGUGGAAAACUCAAGGUUGGGGACCGCAUCAUGGCCGUCAAUGGACAGUCCAUUAUCAACAUGCCACAUGCUGACAUUGUCAAACUAAUAAAGGAUGCUGGCCUCUCUGUUACUCUCCACAUCAUCCCUGAAGAAGAUGGAAAUGGACCACACUCUGCACCCACGUCAGAGAAGCAAAGCCCCAUGGCCCAGAAACACAGUCCACAGGCCCAGUCCAGCCCAGCGGCCCACCAGAGCCCCUCCAGCACCCAGCCGCCCCUAGCCACCAGCCAGCCCAGUCCACUGGUCACAGAGGCCAGCCCCACCGUGGCCCAGAGCAGCCCAAUGGUGGUCACACAGCCCAGCCCAGCUGCACCUCAGCCCAGCAUGGAGGGCCUCCAGCCCACUCCCACAGCCUCUCAUCCUGUCUCGGUGGUGGAGCCCUGCAUCUCCAUGGCUGCUCCUUGCCAGGUCACCUCAGUGCCAGUCCCCCCACAGCUAUACCUCCAUGACAGCAGGUCAGAGGUAAAAGCGCGGCAAGAUGUGAAACCAGAUAUAUGUCAGCCUCCAUACACAGACUACCGGCAGCCUCCAGUAGACUACAGACACCCUCCAGUGGCAGACUACCGCCAGCCUCCCACAUUGGAGUACCGCCACCCCCCUCUCAUCGACUACAGGCAGCAUGCAGUCCCAGACUACAGGCCACAGGUGCUGCCACAGGACUUUGAUUACUUCACUGUGGACCUGGAGAAGAGUGUGAAAGGGUUUGGCUUCAGCAUUCGGGGAGGAAGGGAGUACAAAAUGGACCUGUUUGUGCUGAGGCUGGCGGAAGAUGGGCCUGCCAUACGCAGUGGAAGGAUGAGGGUUGGAGACCAGAUUAUUGAGAUCAACGGGGAAAGCACCAGGGACAUGAGCCACGCCCGUGCCAUUGAGCUGAUCAAGGCCGGGGGGCGGCGCGUGCGUCUGCUAUUGAAGAGGGGCACAGGCCAGGUGCCAGAGUAUGGAUUGGUACCUUCCAACCUCUCCAUGUGCAUGAAAAGUGAAACUCUAGGCUCUCCCUAUUUCUUCAUAAUGGGACACUCAAAAGAUACGACGGUGCCGCCACCUGGGAUGCUGUCCCUCCAGCCGUCCUUACCCUGCCGGAAGUAGCGCCACACCACACGCCCAGGACUCAGCCCUCAUCUCAUUCCAGCGCACGCCCCUGACCUCUCCUCUGCAAGCAAUGACAUUUUCGGUGUGUAAGUGUGACUGUGUCCAUGUGUGCCUUUGAAUGAGAGUGUGUGUGUGUGUGUGUGUGUAUGUAUGUAUAUGUGUGUGUGUGUGUUCCUUUGUUAGUCACAUAUUGCCGAAAAGCGGAGGGGUUGCUCUACUCAGGGUGGCAGGCCCACCCGCGGGUCCCUGAGCUGCAGCGUGCGAGAGGGAUGUGGCUCCCGGCCCCCCAGCUGCAGCCAGAGACAGCUUUGUGGAGUCCACGGGACAAGAGGAGAAAAUGAGCUGAGCACUGUGUUUGGGGCCUUCAGUCCGCACACCUGCAGACUUGCUUCAGUGUGGAUGUUAUUCAGCGUGGAGUGGGCAGGUUCCUGGACCUCAGGCGCAUGCCAACCACAGGGGUAAACAAACCUGAGAUGAGGGCAUGGCAACCCAGCGAGCGGGACAAACUCUUCUUGAGGUUAUGGAGGACACAAAGAAAUCCCUCGAAAGGGAGUUGAUAUGCAGUGUGGGAAGAAAACAAAAACAAACAAAAACAAACUCCCUCAGUCUGACAGGACAUGGGAUUUUGCUUUCGGUGUCCCUUUUGUGCAACCUAGAGGAGGAAAUCCUUCAUUUCCACCUCUCUCUUCAUGUUUCUGUUAUGGAUUGCUUUCUAUACUAGAUGUUCACUCUAGCCAUUUCAAAAAAAGACUGUAUUCUCUCCAGAAAGGAGACAAUACAUGCAGUGUAGCAUGAAAGGCCAGUCAAGAAUCCCAGUGGACAAAAUGCAAAUGAUGUAAUGAGUGUAAAGAUAUUUGUGUGCGCCUGAUUCCGGGGGAACCAUAAGUAAGGUCAUUGUUGCAGUCCUACAAUAUGGAGAGCAGAGUAGCGUGCUAGCAGAGAAUGAAUGUUGAAUUGUGUUACAAAUCCAUUUUGAGAUAUAUCAACAGCUCUGCCUUAAAAGGAACUCCUCGAGUUGACUCAAGUGUUAGUACCGUGUAUAUCGGAUAUUCAUAGAGUUGCUGUGAAUUCUUUUUUUUUUUAUCAUUUCUGUGUGAAAAGGCAAACAUACAAAACUGGAAGAAAAAAAAAAAAAACAUGCCACACAGACUUUUGACUUCUUAGGUUGUAAAUUAUUACAUAUAAAUCAAUUGUUAAAGCAUAUAGAGACUCAUCUUUGAUUACAUAUCAAAAGUCCUUGGAUUAAUUCAAGACUAAACUGCAAAUGGGCUCUCCUGUGCUCACUUUUUGAGUGUGAGAAGGAAUUGUGGAGUUCUUUCUCAAUUGUGCUCUAUGUACCAAGCCACUCUGAGGGCCAAAGCCACUGUUCUGAAUACUCUGAGAUGGCCCAAUCUUACAAAUCUCCUUAAUUUGUUGACCCACCUAAUGGUAUUGUGUCGUGUUGUUAAGAAGAGAUGGCUCCAUGGAGCCACAUGCAGGUGCUGAGUUACUCCAUUCUCCUUUACGUUUUACUUGUGUGUCACUUCUGAGCUGUAAAUUGUGGUUGCUCUGCAGUAGUGAACCAAAAUGUGUUCUUUGUUGUUUUUUCUUCUCAUCGUUCCCAAAGACCAAACAAAGAGAUGAGAAAACAUAAAGAAUGGAAGCAGGCUAGGAGUUGUUAUUUUGGUGCAUACUUGUGUUGAGCUCAGAGAAGCACUUGACAGAGCCGAGUGCCUUAGGAGCCAGAUCUAGAGCAGACAGGAGUGUUGAGAAGCCACUACAGAGGGUGGCCACGAGCAGACUGAACACAAGGUCACAUUAAAGCAACAGGACCACAUUCACUCACAUUCAGGACCGUGUUCACUCAGCUUACCUGUACUC